UCGCGAUUUUUUUAUUAUUGCAAAUGCAAAGUAAAGAAUUAAUUAAACAAGGUGCGGUGAUUAGGGAGAUUGUAGUUUGUGAUUAUCCUGUGAUUUUAUUACACAUUUCGUGAAUGGCGUGGGCGGGGGAAACAGGGUAUGGAUUUAGCGGAAACUAUGAAAAAUAUAGUCGCUAAAGGAAUGCAAACAGAUAUGGGUCCACCAGGAGGAGGAUCUGGUUAUCCCGGUGCCGCAAGUGGUGCCGGAUAUGUAACUGAAAAAAUGUAUAUGUUGUUGCAAUUGUAUCUUCAAAACAAAGGAUGGAACCCCAGUAUAGAAUUGCUGCAAUGCUUCACCGAAAUGAAAGAAGCCUCCAUGAUUCCGAGUCCAGCUUAUCUUCAAAUGAUGGCUCAAAGAGUGGCUUUGGAUUCGCAAGGACGACUCGUUCUGCGAGAGAAUGGAAAAAUAAUUCUGCCCUAUGAACAUUUUGCAAAUGCAGUAAUGUUAAAACACAUGAAUGGUCCCCAUGGAAUGCAUCUUGGUUUGGAAGGAACCGUGAGAGCAGUGAUGGAAUCUUACACAAUUGGUCGAGAAUGUUUCGGAAUGGAGAAGGAAUUCAUCAUCGAAGUGGUGCAAAAUUGUCCGAAUCCAGCUUGUCGCUUCUACAAAAAUCAACUGGAACUCACUCAAAAAAUAGGAUCAAUGGGGCCAACUUAUAUCCAGGACAACGAAGCGACAGCUUCUCUUCUGCGAUCGUCUUUUCCUCAUUCUUCGGACCUCCAGGCUGCAUUGAGUGGACCAAAUCAAAAUUCACUUUUGGGAGGAUCGGGAGGUGAUAUUUCGGAGAUGCGCGGAGGCGGAAAUCAAAUGAUUCAACGUCCGCCAAGUCGUCCAUCGUUGAAUAUUCCUCACCGACCCGGGCCGCAAGAGAAGAAGCAAGCCAACAAGCAUUACGAGUCCCUGAUUCCGAAUAUUCCGAUCUCGGAGUCACACAAGUUGAGCGACUUUCUGCGCACGAAUCUGGACAACCUGGAGGGCCUCAGCGGACUUGGUCUCGGCAACUCCAACAAAGAUCUCCUAGCUUUGCAUAACGGAGGUCAAGAAAAAAUCGUGAGAGGCUUUCAGGAGAUGAUGAAGAACAUAUAUAAGAUGAAGACCUGCGUACGUCCUUCCAUGUGCAAACCUUAUGGAAAACAAUCGGAGGCUCUGCAAAAAACUCUCGUCGACACGAUACAACUUGUACAAUCACUCAGAAGUUUUUUACCACCGCCGCAUAUUCCAGUUUCGAGUUGGAAGAACGAGGACAAACAUCGGCUGGAUCACAGCAACAUGCAGUACCUCCCCUCAUUGAAAGCUGGAUUGGAAGAGAUGUGUGAACAACGAAAACGAGAUUAAGUGAUAUCGCUUUAAUCUACGGUGUUCUUUCUAGUCAAAUGAAGUCAUUGAAUGGAAGAACUGAAAAGGGAAAGAGAGAGAGAGAGAGAGAAGGCGAUUGCUGGAUUUUAGGACUUCGUAGGAGAUAAAAAAACGAGACAUGCGUGGACUGUGAUAUACAUUAGAGUGGGCCGAAAACGCCGAAUUUUCGAAACUGGAAACGGCAUGCUUUUGAAAAAGUUACCUUUGGAGAAGCCAAAUCGAGAAUUAAAAAAAUUCUUGAGAUCGGUAAAAUUAUUACUCUCACGCAUUAGUGUCGAAAAGUUCAUUUUUUUGCAAUUUUUCUAUAAAUCCGAAAAUUGCAGCCAACUUUAGCUAAGUAUAGUUCUUAAUCAUGAAAAAUGAAUAUAAAAUUAGAAAUUUAAAAGAUUGUGCCAAUUGUAGAUCGUAAAAAGAAUUUAUUGUAU